AUGGCCGGUGUUAGCAAGGCUUGCUGCUCCAUCCCACCCGUCGUCUCCAAGGGCUACCAAGCCAAGGGAGAAUACAAGACCAUCAAUGGUUUGAAGACAUAUGUUACGGGACCGGAUUCCGCGUCAAAGGCCAUCCUGGUGGUUUACGAUAUUUUCGGCUUCUUCGACCAGACCAUCCAAGGCGCUGAUAUUCUGGCCACAUCCAACGAAAAGAAGUACCGGGUUUUCAUUCCUGAUUUCUUCGAAGGCCAGCCUGCCGACUUAUCCAAAUUCCCACCCAAGACGGAGGAGGACCAGAAGAACCUGGCCAACUUCUUCCAGACCAAAGCCGCGCCGCCAAAGACCCUCUCCAGACUCUCCGGGAUCGUGACAGAAGCCAACAAGCUUGCUCCCGGCGGCAGCGGGUUCGAGUCCUGGUCCAUCUUCGGCUACUGUUGGGGAGGGAAGAUAGCUAGCUUGGCUGCUGGCAAAGAGAACAAACUCUUUAAGGCCGCGGUACAGUGCCAUCCAGCGAUGGUAGACCCAAAUGACGCGAAGGAGGUGACGGUGCCCAUGGCCGUGUUGGCCUCCAAGGACGAGGACCCGGCUGCCGUGGAUGCAUACACGAAGAAUUUGAAGGUGCCGAAUUACGUCGAGACCUUCCCCACCCAGAUUCACGGAUGGAUGGCCGCGAGAUCGAAUCUUGAGGAGGCCGAGGUGCGCAAGGAGUAUGAGAGAGGAUACCGGACGGCCCUCGGAUUCCUCCACAAGCAUGCCUGA